AUUGGCUGGCGCCCGGCGGCUGGCGGGAAAUCUCCCAGGUUUGGCGCCAAGGGGGGAGCGCGGCGGCUGCGCUGUGCUUUAGGGCCGGGCCGGGCCGAAGCCGGUGCCCCCUGCUUUUUACCGAUUUUCCCCCAUUUUUACCGCUUUCCCCGGCUUCUUUUUCCCUUUGCAACACCGAAGGCGGGGGCCCUGCCGUCCACCCGGCCUUUCCUAGCAGCAGCAUGGCGGCGCCGGCGGGAGGCCUGGAGGACGCGGAGCUGCGGGAGGCGCAGCGCGAUUACCUCGAUUUUUUGGACGAUGAAGAAGAUCAAGGGGUUUAUCACAGCAAGGUGCGCGACAUGAUCAGUGACAACCAGUACCGCCUCCUGGUCAGCAUCAACGACCUGCGGCGGAAGAACGAGAAGAGAGCCAGCCGGCUUUUGAACAACGCCUUUGAGGAGCUCGUUGCCUUCCAGCGUGCUCUGAAGGAUUUCGUAGCCUCUGUCGACGCCACCUAUGCCAAGCAGUACGAGGACUUCUACAUCGGGCUGGAGGGCAGCUUUGGCUCCAAGCACGUCUCGCCGCGGACGCUGACCGCCUGCUUCCUGAGCUGCAUUGUGUGCGUGGAGGGCAUCGUGACAAAAUGCUCUCUGGUUCGUCCCAAGGUCGUCCGCAGCGUCCACUAUUGCCCCGCGACCAAGAAGACCAUCGAGCGCCGGUACACAGACCUGACGUCCCUGGAUGCUUUCCCUUCCAGCUCUGUCUACCCUACAAAGGAUGAAGAGAAUAACCCCCUGGAGACAGAGUUUGGCCUCUCGGUCUACAAGGACCACCAGACCAUCACCAUCCAGGAGAUGCCUGAGAAGGCACCAGCAGGGCAGCUGCCGCGCUCGGUGGAUGUCAUUCUGGAUGACGACCUGGUGGACAAGGUGAAGCCUGGGGACCGCAUCCAGGUGGUCGGGACGUACCGCUGCCUGCCGGGAAAGAAAGGUGGUUACACCUCGGGGACGUUCAGGACCAUCCUCAUUGCCUGCCACGUGAAGCAGAUGAGCAAAGACGCUCGGCCUCUCUACUCCGCUACUGAUGUGGCCAAGAUCAAGAGGUUCAGCAAGAGUCGAUCCAAGGAUAUCUUUGACCAGCUGGCGAGGUCGCUGGCACCCAGCAUCCAUGGGCACGAGUUCAUCAAGAAGGCCAUCCUCUGCAUGCUGCUGGGAGGGGUGGAGAAGGUCCUGGAGAACGGGAGCCGCAUCCGAGGAGACAUCAACAUCUUGCUGAUAGGAGACCCUUCUGUCGCCAAGUCUCAGCUGCUGCGCUACGUGCUGAGCACCGCGCCCCGCGCCAUUGCCACCACCGGCAGGGGCUCCUCCGGCGUUGGCUUGACUGCUGCCAUCACCACCGACCAAGAAACUGGUGAGCGGCGCCUGGAAGCGGGGGCCAUGGUUUUGGCGGACCGGGGCGUGGUGUGCAUCGACGAGUUCGACAAGAUGUCCGACAUCGACCGCACGGCCAUACACGAGGUGAUGGAGCAGGGCCGCGUCACCAUCGCCAAGGCCGGCAUGCACGCUCGCCUCAACUCCCGCUGCAGCGUCCUGGCGGCCGCCAACCCCGUCUACGGCCGGUACGACCAGUACAAGACGCCCAUGGAGAACAUCGGCCUGCAGGACUCCUUGCUCUCCCGCUUCGACCUGCUCUUCAUCGUGCUGGACCAGAUGGACCCUGAGCAGGACAGGGAGAUCUCGGACCACGUCCUGCGGAUGCACCGCUACCGCAACCCCAACGAGCAGGACGGGGACGCCAUGCCCCUGGGCAGCGCCGUGGAGAUCCUGGCUACGGAUGACCCCGACUUUGCGCAGGAGGAGGAACAGGAGCUCCAAGUGUACGAGAAGCACGAUGACCUCCUGCAUGGCCCCAAUCGCCGCAAGGAGAAGAUCGUCAGCAUGGAGUUCAUGAGGAAGUACAUCCACGUAGCCAAGAUGAUUAAGCCUGUCUUGACCCAGGAGUCGGCCAACUACAUAGCGGAGGAGUACUCCCGCCUGCGCAGCCAGAACCAGAUGGGCUCGGACAUCGCCAGGACCUCCCCGGUCACAGCCCGUACCUUGGAGACCCUGAUCCGCCUCUCCACGGCCCACGCCAAGGCCAGGAUGAACAAGACGGUCGACCUGCAGGACGCGGAGGCGGCUUUGGAGCUGGUGCAGUUUGCCUACUUCAAAAAGGUGCUGGAGAAGGAGAAGAAGCGCAAAAAACAAGUGGAGGAUGACUCGGAGACCGAGAAGGAGGAUGAGGAGACACAGCCCAAGGAGGAGGGCAGGAAGCAGAGGAGGAAGAAGGCACGCACAGAGGGCCAGGAAGAGUCCUAUGACCCCUAUGACUUCAGCGAUGCUGAGCAGGAGAUGCCGGAGGUCCAGGCACAUACGCCCAAGACGCCCGAAGCCUCGGCGUCUGGCGAAGCGAAGAAGCCGGAGCUGGCUGAUCCGAGGUUGAAAGCAUUCAAGGCUGCGCUCCUAGAGGUCUUCAAAGCUUCCCAUGCCCAGUCUGUGGGCCUGAAGAGCGUGAUGGAGUCCAUCAACCGCGACAACCCCGAGCCCUUCUCGCUGCCUGAAGUGAAACUGGCCUUGGCCCACAUGCAAGACGACAACCAGAUCAUGGUGUCUGAUGACAUUAUCUUCUUAAUUUGAGCCUCUAGGUGGAAGAACCUGACUUCUCACGGACUUUUAGCCUGGAGGCUCUUUGUAUUUCCCUUCAUCUCUCUCCUGAAUGCUUCGUCUGGCUGAGCUGAACUUUGGGGAGCUUGAGCCUGUGCACUUUAGUCGUUCCUCACUGUGCAUUGCUGGCACCAAAGAAGCCAGGAAACCUUGAAAGCUCUCUGAUACGCCACCCACCUCUGAGCUGCUGGAGUAUUUGGAAAGAGGUUUGGUAUUGCAAGUAGCCAGAAGGAGGAAUUUAUGUGCACAUUACUGAUGUUCUUAAAGUGUUUUUAGCUUUGUUUUUAAGCAAGCUGGGGAGCUGAAGCUGAUUUUACUCAAGACCAGUUUGGUUUAGUGCAGGGCUCCCAUGGGCUUUUGCCCAUGUAAAUCAUCCUUUUUUAUAUUUUUACUCUACCAUGGACUUCCCAGACUUGAAGGAGCCUUUUUACCUCCUUUUUUUUAUCAUUUAAUUAAAAAAAGAUGGGUUUUUUUCUCCCUCAGUGUAACCAUGUGCAAGCUCCCCAGUUGGUGGUAAUGGUUUCAGGCUUUGAAUAAUAAAAAAAAUGGGUUUAGGAUUUUGCAGCCCUGCUGGAGUUUUGGCCCUGAAUUGGUGGGAAGGACCUGGGGUGCUCUGAGCUGCCCAGCUGUGCCCCUAGUGCACGUGCAUUAGGUCUCCAGCCCUUCUGUAGUCUGGGGUGGCUCUUGUAUAAACAUAAAAUAGGAAACCUGUAGCUAAGAAAGGUCAGGGUUUUAAGAAGCACUUCUGGGGUCUGGGAUCUUACAUCCCCUGUACGUCCCAUAGGCUGUGUUGCUGUAACCCUUGCUGAGUCCCACGGAAGAUAACCACAAGCUACUCAACCGUGAAAGCCUUCCCUCGCCCUUGGGCAAUUUGUUUGUUUCAUUUUCUGGGAAUGUCUAGGUGACUAAUUCCUGGAGAUGAGAUAUUCCUAGAAACCAGCAUGCUUCUAAGGCCAGGGCUGGCUUUCAAGAAAAGCUGAACGCAUGGCCAUACCUCUCUCUGUGAUCAGAGCUGUUGAAGGUUUGGGAUUUUAACUUUUUUUUUUUAAAAAAAAAAAAAACUUUGUCUUGGUGAAUUUGACGUUAAGUUUUGGAGAAGACCCCUGAGCACCACAGCCUUGACCUGGUGUCCUUUCCCUUCUCAGGGCAUCUGUGUGGUUCAUGUGCCUUCAUUUCUGUGUCAGUGACGCCAUAAAUAUCACCUUGAAUAAUAAAAUGCAUCUAGAUAA